UGUGUGUGUGUGUGUGUGUGUGUGUGUGUGUGUGUGUGUGUGUGUAGUGCAGUUAGAGGAAAUUAAUCACAUUGUAAAUGUGCACUAAGCAGCAGAAAUGAUUUGAGGAACCCGCUGGAAAAAAAGAAGAUGGAUUUUACACUUUAUUUAAUGAAGUAAAGUUUUUUUGUUUAAAAACAUAUUGAUGUCCAAUUAACCAAGAAAAUUUAGAUGUCUCCAGAACUCCAAGUUUCUAUCAGAAGCUCAGAAUCAGAGGAGAUGACCAGCAGGGGGCGCAUGAGGCUUCCGUUCCGGCUCAGAACCAGGAAGUGGAACAGGUGUGGAAAUGAGCUCCUCCCUUAGAAACUGUUGCCUAAGAAGCAGCCAAUGAGAAUCCUGGAAACCUGAGCUGCAGGUCUUUUAUGCUCAGUGAGUGUGUGAGGAUGAAGCAGCAGGGUGGAGGGAGCAGAGAGAGUGAAACCGAAUCGAGAUCAGAGAAGAAACAGACACGCUGAAGAUCUGAGGAGGAAACGGAGAGGAAACAUGGACCUGGAUCAGUACGAUGACAGUCAAAGUGACAGCGGAGUGUCUGCUGAUUUCUCCCCAAACAGCAUGUCAGAUAACGAGACGCCGAUCGAGAGGGAGAUACGUCUCUCCUUCAAACGAGAGCAGAGCCUCCGCCGAUCACGAGGACUGGAUGAGACCAAGGAGUUCAUCGAGAUCCCACUCAGAAAGUCCAUCCUUUCCCAUGAUCUCCCAGAGAAAUCAACAAAGGAUCAUGGCAAGGAACGGCAGUUCGCUGGGAAGAAGAUGCAGCGUGAGAUCCAUGCUGAAGCAGAACGAGAGAAGGUGCUGGUGAAGCUCGGCAGGCUGCCUGGAUUUUACGACAAAGGAACCGUGAGGCAACUACAGGAGAAAAAACUUCUCUUUGAAUCUCUCCUGGAAUCCAAAGAUCUCCAAGUCUCCAGUGAUAGAACUCAGGAACCCGUAAACAGAUUGGAGAUGCUCUUCCAGAACCAUUCUUCAUACCAGUCCAGUAAGACUUCUCCCAAAAGUCUCCAGAGCUCAAAUGAUCAUGAUCAUGAGACAUUUAGAUCUCCUCAGAAGGUGAAGAAUGAUGAAACACCCAGUGUCUCAUCCUGCAAGAUUGUUCAUGGUGGAAAUCAAGACUGUCCAUAUAAAGAACACUCAAGGCAUCUGCAGUGGGAUUCUUCUUCUCAACUCUUCUCAUCUCUGAAGGAGAAGAAACUCCUGUUUGAGUCCUUUCAGGAGAAUAGGGAUAUUCAGAUCUCUGGAGAUCAAGAUAGUGAGGUUUCUGGAUCUUUUCAGGAACUAAGGAAAAGUUUGACUACCUUGUUUCAGAGCCAAAAUUCCAACCAGGAGCCCAAAGAUCUCCAAAUCAAAAGAAACCAGGAUGACAAGACAUCAGGAUUUUCUAAGCAAUCACGAAGGGAUCUAAAUGUCCAGAACCCAAAGCCAUGUGGUCCAGGGCUAUCAGAAGCUGUGGGCCGGCAGGUGAUCAUCAUCGAGAACAAUCCUGCAGUGAUCUCUCACACAGAGAGGCAGGUGUACAGACCGGGAAGCACGAGCGACUCAGGAGGCAUCAGAUCUUCACCUGAGGAACUUCAUUGCAGCUUUCAAGUCCAAAACCAGACAGCUAAUGGAGGAGAGCUAAAGGAAAACCCGUUCUUCAAGCUGAGAUCAUCGAUGUCCCUCCUCCCGGACAUGCAGAAGGACAUCCAGGAGACGAAAGAGCGAGAGGAAGAACUACGCAAACAAAGGACAAGUCUCUAUGGCAACAGGUCAAAGGUCAUGGAGUCACCAAACAGAACAACUUUAACACACGCAAACACACCCGGACAACACCUGAACACUUUACCAGGAAGUUUGUCAUAUGGUAAGUUGGAUGUGACAUGGCCGCCUGCAGCAGUACAGGACGCACACAAAACACAACCAGAGGUGAAGGAACAGCGUCAUUCCAAUCAGUUAGUCCAGCACUGGCAGUCGAGUCUAAUCACCACACACAACACUGACCAUCACACCUGAGUAAACACACGCACACACACACACACACCCACACACAACACUGACCAUCACACCUGAGUACACAC